AUGUCUCCAUCAAACUUCGCGCCUGUGUCUCCCAUCGACAUCACUGUCGACUCCCAACGCCGCUCAAACCACACUGGACGUUUCGCCAACGAUCCAGACUUGGACGAAAAAUCAGAUAUCAAAGCAACCACUCGCUCGCUCCGGACGAAUUCAACGGCCUCGUCACGCUCUUCCCUUCGUGGCGGCGACAAGCGCGUGAGGCGGGCUCGCUUUGCCGAAGCCACCUCUGUCUUCUCGCCCGCCUCAGGUCCUGGUGAGAGUCAAUCACCCUUUGCCGAUCCUCCUGCCACCGGCAACAUGGAGAACGGCUUCAGCAGCUCCAAACCAUCAGAUGUGGGAUUCGGCUACAUCGCAGACAAUCAGCCCGUCGAGCAGACGGUCUAUAUUCGAGCUGAUCCCAAUGGCGCCGCAGGACAGCCUCUCAAAUCCGCCUUGAAGACACCAGGCACCGCAUCCAGAAUGUUGAACCCCCUCUCUCCAACGUUCCGAGAAGAACAGCUCCUCGAGAAGGAGGAACUGAAGACCGAGAUCCAACAGGCCAAAGAUCUGAAAGUCAAAACCCGCGUACGCAUGGCCAAAAUGGUCCUUCGAGGCGUCAACUUCUCUUGUUCCCUCAUCGUCCUCGCCAUGCUUUCGACUGCCCUGACGAUUUUCCAUGCCACCAAAACCCUCCCGGCGCGCAACAACCUGCCCCCGUGGGCGUCCGGCCAAAAGACCUGGCCGCAAAUCGUCGUUUUGUCCAUUUCCUGCAUCUCGCUCCUCUUCUCCAUCAUCGUCAUCCUGGCGUACUGCCGUGGUGGACACAAGCGCGCGGAGAAGGUCGCCGUGUAUUACACCAUGUUUGCGGUCGGGUGGUUCAUGUUCAGCACCGUCAUGUGGCUGGUCGCCGCGGGCAUCUUGCACGGCAGCAAAGCCUCGGGCAACGGACAGGAUCUGUGGGGCUGGUCGUGCAAGGAGAACAAACGGCGCCAACUCUUCCAAGACGACAUCCACUACGCCCUGGUGUGUCGACUGCAAGAUUGGUCCUUGAUCUGCUGCAUUAUUGAGGUUGUGGUCGAGUUGAUCGUGAUCGCCAUCUACGGCAUUGUCUUCUACCGAUUCUGGAGCAAGAACCGACUCCGGAAAUCCAUGGACGCCCGCGAUCGCGCCCGCACCGAUCUCUACCUCGCUCAACUGAGGACCCAGUCUGCACCGAACACACCGGGCUUCGCCCAGACACCCCGAACUCCUGGGUUCCCAUCUGCGCUCAAGAGCCUGGCGCCGCGGGACAUGUACUCGGCCGCGGAACAAGGCGUCGCCGUGUCUCCGACACAAUUCACCACCUCUCCACCCAGCAACACGACUGCAUCGCCAUUCAAACUUCAAGCGCCACCCAUCCGAGUGACGAAAGCGACCCCCGUCUCCACCGCGACCGAGGGCAUUCCCUCACCGAGACUUUUCUCUUCCUCAUCACCGCCUCCUCAACCGCCCAUGUCUCCUCCGCCAGAAGAGCGGAUACACCAACACAUGGCCGCGGCGCCCGGGGAACAACAGUACGAGGCCGUCCCGAUUCCCGGGGCCAACUACGUCCCGCCCAGUUACAACAACCAUGGGCAUCCGGGGCAGGCGUAUUAA